ACUCAGCUGAGCUUCAGAGUGCUCUCAGAUAGGGAAGAAGCAAUGUUGUAGUGUUAGUUUUAAGGAACUUUGAUACCCAUCAAACACAGGAUCUCCGCUUUUCCCCCUAGUACUUGAGUUGUGUUGAUAUACUCAGAAUAUCUACUUAAGGAAUCCAGGCGCUCAUCGCACUUUCGAGGUACCAUGGCGCACACUUUGUCCUCCCCGUGUGGAUUCCCCUCCGAUGAGGACGAGGACAUGGCUGUGUUCGAGUCUACCGCAGCAGAGCAUGGAGGACUAUCCAGGCCACGUCUACCUGAGAUAUCUGUCAUUUCCCCCGGCCUGGACCCCCGGCCAUCCAUCAUAGAACAGAAACUAGCAGUAAAACCUGCCGCGGCGAGACAAGGCGGCUCUGAUGGCGUUAACGCAGAGAGGGUUCAGGUUUUUCUCCGUAUCCGGCCACUUACUAAGGCGGAGAGGGAACGGGGAGAAGAACAGGGUUGUGUGGCUGUCCAAGAUGAAGAGAAUGUGCUGCUUAAAGCUCCCAAAGAAUCUCACAACAUGAGGGCUGCAGAGAGGGGCAUCACCCAGAGCAUACACAAGUUCAAUUUCUCAAAGAUUUUGGGGCCGGAGACCACACAGCAACAGUUUUACGAGUGCUCGAUGAAGAAGAUGGUGAAAGACGUGCUUCAUGGCGAAAACCGACUCCUCUACACUUAUGGUGUCACCAAUUCUGGAAAAACGUACACCAUUCAAGGCAGCGGUCAAGAGGCGGGCCUCCUGCCACGGGCUUUAUCGUCCCUGUUCAGCAAACUGCAGGGCCGUCUGUACGGUGCCAUGGACAUGAAGCCUAUCAUGUAUCAGGAUGUGAGGCAGCUGAACUCUGGAGAGAUCAGGAUGGAGGAACUCCGCAGAAACUCUCUGCUCAAAGAGGAUGAUCACCUGCCUUGUCGUCGAGGUGGAAACACUACAGUCUGGGACAGCGGCAUUGGAGGACUGUCCUCUACAAGUAACAUCGCCACUCAGCUUGAAGACACUGACAGUGUGUGUCUGGAGCCUGACAGCCUUUCACUCAGCGGAGGAGAUGAUCUGGAGAAGGGGGUGCAGUUUUCUAUCUGGGUGUCCUUCUUCGAGAUCUACAAUGAGUUCCUGUAUGAUUUACUCGAUGCCUCGCCCUCCCUGCAGCCCAGGAAAAGAGUCACUCUGCGGCUUAGUGAGGACAAGCAGGGCAACCCCUAUGUGAAAGACCUCGCCUGGGUCCAGGUCCGCAGCGCUGAGGAAGCUUGGAGGAUUCUGAAGGCUGGACGCCGUAACCAGAGCUUCGCCAGCACUCACCUCAACCAAAACUCCAGUCGUAGCCACAGCAUCUUCUCCAUCCGAGUCCUGCACGUCAACCCAGAAGCAGAUUCAGCCAAGUCCAUGCACAUCAGCGAACUGACUGUGUGUGAUCUGGCUGGGUCAGAGCGCUGUAAAGAGCAGCGAAACGGCGAGAGGAUGAAGGAGGCCAGCAACAUCAACACCUCCCUCCUAACACUGGGACGCUGCAUUGCUGCUCUGAGGCACAACCAGAACAUCAAAUCGCGACCCGCUCAACUGGUGCCCUUCAGGGACAGUAAACUGACCCGGGUCCUGCAGGGUUUCUUCUGCGGCCGAGGAACCUCCAGUAUGGUGGUCAACAUCAACCCCUGUGCCUCCAUCUAUGACGAGACCCUCCAGGCCCUCAAAUUCUCCGCUCUAGCCACUCAACUGGUGCAUGGGCCGUCCACAAAGACCAGAGUGGCCUACAUCCUGUCCUUACUGCGUGAGCCAGAUGCACAUGGAAACGAGAGCACGGUGAUGGAGGACGAGGAUAGCGUUGUUGAAGAUGGAGAUAUCACCAUGUUCAAUACCGAGUCCUUGCUGCACGCCAUUGACGUCCUGAAGAGGGAGGUGCAGCGCCAGCGGGAAGAGAAAGAGGCUCUUGAGGCAAAUGUGAGAGGGCAGGUGGUCUCUGAGAUGAUGGAGGUCAUCUCUAGGAUGCAAGAUGACUUCAGCGAGACCUUGGAGGCAGAAACGACUCUAAUCGAAGAGAGAUGCGAAGACAAGAUAUCCAACUUGCAAAAACAUCUGAAGCUAUUCUACAGCGAGGAGAUGCAGGAGCGUGAUCAGGAGAUCGAAGCUUUGUCUACUGCUCUGGAAAAAAGCAAGGCAGGUGAAGCCCACCCCCCGCCGCUGCCUCAUUUGGACUCAAUCGGUGGCGGCGAUGGCCUACCUCGGCGUUCUCUGCGCAUCAGAGAAACGGAAACUGGUCGGCUGCAAGUUGAGCUCGACCAGUGUCGCGCUGAGCUGCUCGCCAAAACACAAGAGCUCACAAAGCUGAAGACGCAGCUGGAAGUCCCCGUCUCAAUGGGGACCCUCAGCGCUGACCGCAAGCUGGAAGAUGGGCAGAGGAACCUGCGGCAGCUGCGCCUGGAUCUGCAGAGACUCGGGACCGACCUGCAGUCUGGUGAACGAGCCUGCUGCCGCAACACGGGGGGGGAGAGGCUGCGGCAGGCGCUGGCCGCUGCCGACGAGACUCUGGCCAAACAGGACCAGACCCUAUUAGACCUCCAGAACGGCCUGAUGCUUGUAAAGGCUGAUCUGAGGCGGAAAGCAGAGACCCUUGCCCAGGUGCAGCUGCCCACCCCUGUUUCUGCUGCCUCCACCACACCAGGAUCCUGCAAGAAAAGGGGCUGUUGGGCCCCUGCCCCUAUUGACACUGAGAACCGGCCCCCACAGAAGCGUCCCUUUUUCCAGUCCAUUUUCCCGACGCGCACCCCAACGCGUAACUACAGCGCUCGUCCUGUAGAAGACGCAAACGUCACCCCUUACUCUAGGAUCUUGCGGUCCCGUCAGCAGUCCCCCACUCGCACCCCGACCCCCACCCCUCGCAGCCUCAGGGGAAACUACUGAGAUUCUUGCAGCCUGUCAUCUUUGAUAUUAUGCAAAAAAAGAUUUAACUGCUUCCACCUUUUAUAGUAUUUGUAUAUAUUCACUUUUUGCAGUGUUGUUAAUUCACUGUUUUUAUGCCAAAUACAGUCUUUAUGUACAUGCGUUAUUCUUCAAAUAGAGUAGCAGUACACUACUAAGGAGUUUGAGGUGAUUGUAAGCAGUGCCACCGCUCAGUGGCUGAUGGUUAUGGUCUGUAUGAUAAUAGUGCAUGUGUGUGUGUAUUCAGGUUUUUCUGCCGCGAGAAUUUUUCUGUGAUUCUACCAUAAAAAUACUUUUGAGAAGUCUGAGCUAUUUCAGAAGUGUGUAGUGCACAAACUGAAAUAAAAAUUACAAA